AUGUCUUCCAAUCACCACAAUUCCGAGUCGACGCCCCUGCUCCGUCAUAUCGUGCCUCAACAUAUCCAUCCUGAUGGCGAGAGCGGUCGCACUGGCUUUCAGGCUUCUCACUUUCUGCACGUCGCAUGGAGGUCUGGGAGCAAUGCAGCGAAAUACACCAACCUGUUGUGGCCUUUCGUAAUCAUUGCUAUUGUCCUGCAUUUUGCGACGCCUGGGCUUCCUAUCGCCAUUUUUGUCACCAGCUACAUCGCCAUGGUACCGGUCGCCAAUCUGCUAGGCUUCGCUGGGCAAGAGUUCGCAAGGAAGAUGCCCAAGGUUUCUGGCAUUCUGAUCGAAACAGCCUUUGGGUCCAUUGUCGAAAUAAUACUGUUUAUUAUCCUUAUUGCCAAGCAUGACGCCGGGCACGCGUCGUCCGAACAUGGCAACCUCAUCCCGGUCAUCCAGGCCGCCAUUCUCGGCUCCAUCCUCACGAAUUUGUUGCUCUGCCUCGGACUUUGCUUCUUCGUUGGUGGGCUACGUCAAGCAAGCCAGAAGUUCCACGCUUCUAUCAGUGAAGUUGGCAGCGGAUUGCUUUUGAUUGCCGGCUUUGGCCUCCUCAUUCCUUCCGCGUAUUAUUCUGCCCUGAAGGGGUCGGCCGUCGACAAAGCGACCAAGCACCACGAAUUCACACACAAGAUCCUAGAACACAACGUUCUCAGAAUUAGCCAGGUCACUUCGAUCUUGCUGAUCAUCGCUUUUUGCAUCUUCAUCUGGUACAAUGCUCGUUCACAACACUCUCUAUUCGACGAAGUCCUCGAAGCUGAUGAGCAUGCCGAUCUCGACCACCAUGAAGACCUCGCCAAGCCAAAGUUCACGUUCACAGAAUGCAUGGUUGCUCUAGUUCUUUCGCUGGCGAUUGUCACCUUGCUUGCAGUGUUUCUGGUUGAGCGCAUUGAAGAUGUGGUCGAGUCCGGUGUACCUGACCAGUUCCUUGGUUUGAUCAUGUUGCCUCUAGUGGAAAAGGCUGCCGAGCACUUGACCGCGGUAGAUGAAGCUUGGGACGGACAAAUCAAUUUCGCCCUUUUCCAUUGCGUGGGCCCCUCGAUCCAAACCGCCUUGUUCAACGCGCCUCUAGUCGUCAUCAUUGGAUGGAUCAUGGGCAAAGACAUGGAUCUCAACUUCGAGAUCUUCAUGAUCGUGCUGCUCGUUCUCUCUAUUGUCGUCGUGGGUAAUUUCCUCCGCGACGGAGAGUCCAACUACCUCGAAGGCGCCCUAUUGGUCAUCGUCUACCUCAUUAUCGCCGUCGCGGCCUGGUUCUAUCCUAACCCGGAUGUUGCCACAUCGAACGGUAUUGAAACAGUAAGAUAG